AGUAGUGUAGAAACAACAGGCGUGCGCUCAGACUCUGCUGUGUCCACUGACCAGAUUCAAGAGGUAAGAGGAACUAACGUCUUCAUCCCCCGCCAGUCUGUCUUCUUUUAGAUCGAGGUCUUUACCCGUGCGUACUGUGGUUUAGUUACUGGGAGCUCAGUGACGUCACAAACGGUAAAAAACGCAGUGCUUCCCCUUCCUGUCGUCACCAUAGCGAAGAAACAGCCCACACCGGACACCACACACUCCUGCAAAGGCACUGCAACAGAAGUCCCUGGUGGCUUCAAUGCACACGCUGGUCACAUGCACACGCUGAGAGGGACGGGGGCGGGUUGCUGUUGACCCCGUUGUGCCGCUGCACAGCUACAGGAGGAGAGUUUGUCUGCUGUGGAGCUGCAGGAGCAUGUGGUCACUUCCAGGCUCUGACCUCUCACCUCCAUCCACGCCGACCGUUUAGGGGGAGGCGAAGAAGGUAACGCGGGGGGAUCCGUCUGCUGACUGGCAGGCCCAGGGAGUCCAAACUGGUGAGAUUUCCAGUAAAGCAACAAAAAGGGUUCUCUCUUCCCCCUCUGGGGCCGGCAGAGGAAGGGUGUGGUCUCGUCUUCAUGGCAAAAGGAAGGGGCGAUAAGCUUGAGUGAUAAGCAGACUGAAUGCUGUCUUUCUUCCACAUGUUUCCUGCUGCAAUCUUUGGCCAGACACAGACUCCUCUGAUUUAAUUUGGCACCCAGCGAAAACAAACUGUAUCAUACUUUAAGAAAGCCAAGCCACGGCACUGGAAAUUCACUCAGCAAUUUAGCCAGUAAGCUAUACUGCAUCCAAAGAAGACGGCAACUAACUGUAAGUAUACAGUCAUUGUCUGUAAUACGUACAGUAUUUUACUGUCAGCAGUUUUCCAGAAGGUAAGUGGUCCAUCUUCUCUGAUGAAUGAAGGAGCAAGCUAAAAGAAAUGGAAGUAUUGUGCUUUCGGUGGAUGACCACUAGCCAAAGAUGAGACUGAAAGAAAUUGGAACCUUUCCACAGAGGAAAUAAAUGGGCAUUUGAACAUUAUGUAGUUCCAUGACAACUGGACUAUGAAGCAUUAUGAAAUCAUGUUAACGGGUCAUUAAUUAUGAUUUCUGAAGUCUCAAUAAUGGGUCUCUUAUUUAAGAAUACAUUGGGACUUCCUCCAAAUGCCAUCAACUGUGAGCUCUCCUUUUACCAUUGCAGGUGUUCGGUGUGUGAGUGACAAGAUGAUGGAUUGAUCAUGGGUAUCCAGGUAUGCCACCAGCGUCGGCGUGAGAGCGUGAAAUGACUCUGAAUGCGUCCGCAGCGUGGGAGGAGUCGCUGGUCAACUCCUCCUCACGGUGUGCACACAACAUGACCAGCUGGGAGCAGCGCAUGGAUAAGAUGUACACCUACUUCUACCUGCUGCUCUUCAUCCCCGGCCUGCUGCUCAACACCACCGCUCUCUGGGUCCUCUGCAGACACAUCAGUAAGAAGACCAAGGCGGUGAUCUUCAUGAUAAACCUGGCAUUAGCGGACCUGGCCCACAUCCUCUCUCUGCCCCUCCGGAUCUAUUAUUACUUCACACACACCUGGCCCUUUGGACGAGGCGUCUGCUUGUUCUGCUUCUACCUCAAAUACCUCAACAUGUAUGCCGCCAUAGUGUUCCUGCUGUGUAUCAGCGUGCAGAGGUGUGUCUUCCUGCUCAACCCGUUCUCCGCACGCCAGUGGCGGCGGCGCUACGACCUGGCGAUCAGCAUCACAGUCUGGGUGGUGGUCGGCCUGGCCUGCUCGCCUUUCAUCCUGAUGCGGAGCAGCAGCAGCAGCACCACCAGUCCCGGCGUCGGCGCACAGGCAGCCUACAGCGUGUCCUAUUCUCCGGAUGCCACUUCUACCCGGCAUCCUUUUGGUGACGCCGAGCUUCAUGUGCCAACUUCGAAUGCGAGCCCCGGCUGUUUUAAGGACCUGCCCAUGCGUCGCGUGCCGGUCUCUCUGGCGGUCACCAUGAUGGCUCUCGUCGAGCUGUUUGGUUUCCUCAUCCCUUUGGCCUGCAUCAGUUACAGCUCCAUCCGCAUCGCCCGCUCCCUCAGCCAAACGCAGACGCAGGACCCGCACAGCCCGACGCGAGGCCGACUCCAGUCGGUCACCAGCAACUGUCAGGCGGACAAAUACCAGGAGAAGCAGACCAACGCUGAGAAGCGGCGCGCUCUGCGAAUGGUGCUCAGCUGCUCCGGCCUCUUCUUGAUCUGCUUCGCCCCCUACCACAUUAACUUCCUGCUCUACCUGAUGGUGUCGCAGGACAUCGUGUCCCACUGUGCGACCAAGCUGGCUGUGCGUCGGUUCCACCCGGUGUUCCUGUGCCUGGCGAGCCUGAGCUGCUGCCUCAACCCUCUGCUUUAUUACUUUCUGACCGCCGAGUUCAGGCUGCACCUCACCAGGCGCACCUCCUCCUUCACCGCCUCGCUCCUCUCCUCCCCGGUAGUUUCCUCGACCCAGCGCCCUGCGCUGCACAGACUGACGAGUAGCUGCUCAGAGCAGGCGCCGGUGUUGCUGUCACGAUCAGGGGUCACAAGAGGUUCACAAGAGGGUCACAAGAGGGCCUCUAGUUCCGAGGUUGAUUUGUUUUUUCUUUGAGAAAUGAAACAGAUAAGGAUGAUAAAUUGAAAUUGUAAACUGACUGACAAGAUCCAAGUUGGACAGCGAGAUGAUUUCACAUGUCGCAGCCAUCCGAACACAAACUGACCCCCAAGGGCUUUGACCUCAAUGUGAAGAACCUCCCGGGGGGGACAUGACUUGCGAAGCAGCAAAUCUUCAAUCAGUUACAGAAAAAUGAUGUCUGCGUUUUAUAAUGAGUGCGUUCACAAUGUCAUCACAUUGUGCACAUAAGCUACAGCUUGUUCAUGUUUAGGAAACGCGCGACAACUUCCAAAUAAGCUAUAUGAAUGUGUGUAAAUGCAUGUUAACGUUGAGUGAAUAAAAGCGCUGUCUGUCUCCUC